CUCCACUCUUCUGGGGUCACUCCAUUUUUAAUGUCAAAGUUAAAUUUAAAUAACAAUGUACAUAUUAGGACAUAGGGCUCAUAAAAAAUCUUUGUAUGACAAACCUAUUCCACACACUUCACUGGUGGAAACUCAAUCGCCUUUUGUUUAUGUCUAGACAGCAUUUUUAGCUUAUCAUAAAUGUCAUGUAAAAACACCCCAUUAACGAAAGUAUAAACCUGUUCAGGACAUGGCAAUUUCUGCAAUGGCAGAAACUUCCCUUGAGCUGUCUACUACUACAUGUACCAUAAGAACUGUUAAUAAAUCAGAUGGAGUUUAACUGAAAGGCCGAAAUCAUGUGGUUGUUUACAAAGAAAACACUACACUUCCUGUCAGUUGAUUAGCCACCUGACACUAACUGUGCUUUUGUGUAUAAAUGAGCUGGCCGCACGAACAUUUUCUCUAACACUGACCUCUUUUAGUAAACACAACUGCACUGUAUGGCUUCAUUGGUCCAAGAAUCUUCCAAACCCAGUGCCAUUUUGGUGGACAACCUACAACCUCAUGGACAUUACACUGACAAGGAGAGCUUUGACCAGUCGAUACUAUCCAGGUGUCUUUGUGGUGGAGGGCCUAGGGAGUCCACUACAUAAGAGCCAAGGAUGCCACCUCAACUUUACCUUAAACAAGUGCAAGGACAUGGAGGGGCCCCAGUCUCUGUGUGAGAUGUGUCUGACUCAGGUGUGCCUCCUUCUGGACUCUCUGUGCAUCAGACGCUCUGAUCACUCUUUCUGUCUCAACACAGCCACAGUCUUCCCACAAGAGAUGGCUGACCAGCUUCUGUAUAUGAUGAAUAAAAAAGGUAUACUUAAUGACUCAACACUUGGGAUUUUCCGGGACUGUAAACAAGUCCGCCUUCGUCGAGCCACUAUCCGCUCCUGCACAGUGUCUGCUGAAGCUUUCCGUCUGGCCCUCUGCCCCCACAGACUCCAAGAACUGGAUGCAUCCUGGGUCUGCGGAAGCCUCACCGGGGCUGAUGUCGUCUCUGGUCUGGCCUCUAACCCAGAGUGUAGAAAAAGCCUGCAGAGGUUGUCCCUGAAUGGACUGUGUUUGCAUUGGAGUGCUUUAAAGGAUGGUGAGGGGGGUGGUGUAGGGUUCAGCUCUCUGCGGAGUCUAAGGACACUUUGCCUUGCCAAUACAGACCUGGAUGAUGAAAUCCUUGAAGACAUAUGCACUCUACCUCAUCUGGAAAUAUUGGAUAUCUCUUGUUGUGCUGUGUCUACACUCACUCCCCUGCUUCAGUGCAAAAACACACUCAAAUCUUUGAUAGCACAUCGGCUCAGGCAGCUUGAUAUGUCUCCCUCUAGACUGCUUUCUGUCCUCACUCAGCUUCACAGUGUUAGACAUCUGGACUUUUCGGAUGACCAUUUAAGUGAGGACAGUGAUGGCAGCAAUGCGGAUGAGACAGUACGCCAACUUCUGGAGGGCAGUCCCCAGGUGCUUCCAUCGCUGGUGUCUCUAGACGUGUCUGGGCGAAGGAGAAUCACAGAAACAGCAGUGAGGGCAUUCAUAGAGGCCAGGAGUGGAGUGGUUUUCUUGGGGCUGAUGGCGACUGGCGUUAGUUCCUGCGAUGCCCUCGAGAAAUGCAAACAACUAAAGGUAACUGGAGAAGCAAAUGAGAGCCAGGUGUGUGAGGCUUUGAGAAGGUACAGAGACAGAGAGUGUUUCACUCGAGAGGCCCUAGUCCAUCUUUACAAUCUCACCACAGACAUCGACAAACCCCGGCCCGAUAUGCUUAAGCUGGUGUUAAGUGGGAUGCAGAGUCACCCCGCGUCCCUCCAUGUUCAGCUGGUGGCCACAGCCUGUGUGUUCAACCUUACCACUCAGAACCUGUGUGAGGCCAUGCCUGUGCCCCUGCUCUCCUCCACUGUCACCCAGCUGUUGUUAGCCAUGGAGAUGUUCCCUAGACAUACACAAGUCCAAAUGAACUGUCUUUUGGCUCUCUGCAGUGACUACAUGCUUCAGGAUGUACCAUUUGACAAGUAUUUUGCUGCCACCUUGGUGAUUACCUGGUUGAGCAGCCAUGAGGAUCCUACUCUUCAGAGAAUGGCUGUAGCUGUCAUCUCUGUCCUCAUAGCAAAGCUGUCUCCAGAAGAGACUGCACAGCUAAGCAAGGACGUCUCUAUAAUGAAGCAGCUGCUGGCUAUUGUCCAGCAGAAGGCUAUGGUAGGGGUGGUGGACUCUACUUUGAAGUUUGCCUUGAGCGCUCUGUGGAAUCUGACCGAUGAGAUGCCCAUCGCGGCCCGCAACUUCUUAGAAUGUCAGGGUCUGGAGCUGUAUGAGGAGGUUUUGGAGUCCUAUUGCACAGAACCAUCUGUUCAGCAGAAAGUUCUUGGCCUUUUGAAUAAUUUGGCUGAGUUGGAGGAGUUACAGUCUGAUCUAAUGGAUGAGGAUCUUCUGGAGCAUGUCCUCAGUCUCUUGCAGGACGUCCAGUUGGACGUGGAGGUGCGGUACUUUGCUGGUGGGGUUUUGGCUCAUCUUGCAUCCAGACCAAAAGCCUGGACUUUAGAUGAAGAUCUCCGCACCACUGUACUCACUCAAUUGCAUACAUCCAUAAUGACGUGGACUCAUCUGGAGCGAGAGAUGGUCUCCUAUCGGUCAUUCCAACCCUUUUACCCUCUGCUUCAGACCGGCCAGCCUCCAGGAGUGCAGCUGUGGGCAGUCUGGGCCAUACAUCUGGUCUGCAGUCAAAACAGCCCACAUUACUGCAGUAUGCUAGAGCUGGAAGGUGUGACAGAGCUUCUCAAAGCUUUGGUUGCUCAUCCAGACACCCAUCAUGACGUUAAAGAACUCUCAGACAGCAUUGUGUCUUUGGUAGAGAGACAUCAAACUCAAAACUCCUGACAAAUUUAAGAGAAACAUUAUGUGUAAGGGUGAGUGUAAAGUUAAAAGAUCAUAAAGAAAUAUUUUUUUAACUGGUCUAAUUGUUUGAACUCAUUAAAAGGUUGGUCACUAGAGGGUGCUGUAUCCAAAGGAAUAAUUAGGCGAUUUUUGUUCUUGAAAACCCUUUAGGCAUAUACAUUAUAUUACUUACGCAGACUAGACUGGAACUACACCUGCUGUACUUUCCCCUAUCUUAUUUUCUACUGGUGUCCCGCCUCAUAAGUCAAAUAGCUACAUAAUAGCUUGACAAUAAAACUGCCUGUAGACAUCUAAGUUGUUUUUAAUAAACUCAUUUUAAAAAUGUAUAAACAAGAUGUGUUCCUUUGAAUAAAAUAUGUCUUUUAAAUCCUC